UUUAUAUUUUUACAAACCUUGUUGGAAAUCAAAAUGUCAUCUUUUCAAAAUAACCAUGCUAAACAGUCAACUAAAUAUUUAAAUUUAACUGAUUAUGAGCGUCUUGAAAAUCAUGUAGAAUCCGAAGGCGAUAUGUUAAUUAAAAGUUUGGCUUUAAAACAAGUUGAUAAGAAUUUAACUCUUGAAAAGCAUUUAAGCCAAGAACGUGAAUUUCUUAGCAGCCAUGAGUACAUUUCCAUUACUGAGUUAACUAAAGGUAAAAUUACAUUAUCAGAGUUUUGUGCCAAAGUCAAUAAAGAAUCUUCAAAUGAAAUUAGUUCUAAUACUACUCAUGAACCUUCAAUAAAGUUUUCUAAUGGUGUGAGUCGACAUCAACGGGAAUUAGCAUUAUGUGUUAAACCUAAUAGUACCGAAACUAAACUUUUAGCAUUUGCAUUGUCAUGUCAAUCCAGCGAAAAACUUAAACCAGAAUUACAUCUCAUUGAUCAUCCAAUUAAUAAUCUUUCCCAAAUACAUGAUGAUCAAUUUUCUCAUUUAAAUGCUUCACCACUGAAAACAUCAAAAAUGAUAAUACGAAAAAGGAGACAACUACUCGAAUCGUAUAAAAAACCUAUUGAGAUAAAUGAAAAACCAAUAAAGAAUUAUAUCAGACCAAAAUCUCUUUGGGAUGUAAAGGAAGACUUAAUGACUUCAAGCUUAAAAAUGUAUACAUGUGAAGCUUCUAAAUAUAAAGAGCAGUGUAUUGGUGUAAUAGAUAUUAAAAAUGAAGAAGAAAAAAUAUUACAUAACUCUUCAAACUCUAUUGAUGGUCAACGGUUUGUGGCUCGUGGCACUAAUGUUCCAAUAAAUAAUUAUUUGAAAAUGAAUGAAGAUCAACUGAAAAGUUUCCCAUAUUUUCAAAACUACCAAAAAGGAAUUCCUUCAAAAAUAUUAUAUGUAAAAAAUAUUGCUAAAAAUGUUUGUGAAAAGCAUUUAAUAUCUAUAUUUGGAAAGUACAGAAAAUUACAAAAUACUGAUAUAGUUUAUAGAUAUAUGAAACGUGGAAGAAUGAAGGGUCAAGCUUUUAUUGAAUUUGAAAAAAUUGAAGUAGCAGAAAAAGCAUUAAAAGAAAAUCUUGGACUUGUACUCGAAGAAAAGCCAUUAAUAAUUCAAUUUGGGAAAAAAUAA